AUGGUAACAAAGGCCCACACACUGAAACAUCUCAUUUACUAUUUACAAAACGAUUUAAUGCGCGUUAUGUUUUGUGAUUUUGAUUUCAAACACAGAUUGUUAAAACAGAAGUUAGAAAUGCUCAGACAUAUUGCCGGUCUACAGAGAUAUGUAAACAUAUAUGAACAGAGGAGAGUAAUCAGACCGCUACAAUUUCUUUCAUCCAUAAAGAGAGCCCUCUCCCAGAUACAGCUUAAACUCCACACAAGCCAGCUCUCCAUGACUGAGUCACUUAACAAGGUGGAUGUGAUGGAGUCACUGAGUUCAAUCCAAAUCACGGAGAGAGGAAACCGACGCGUAGGAGACCAGUGUCUGCUGAAACUGAUGUAUGGUACUGAGUCCCAUCAAUCUCUCACACUGACAGGUGUUUGUUGUUGUUAUCACAUUUCCUGUGUGACAUCAGACUGGGUCUGGGUCAGUGAUGUGUGGAACAAUCUCAUCUUGACAGACAAAACAGAGAAAACAAACUUCAAAUGGAGACCACGAUGUGUGUACUGGUCCCCGUCCACUGGGGAUCUACUGGUCGGGAUGUAUCAUAUACAUACAGAGACAGGCAAGGUUACCCGGUACAACGGAAGUGGACAACUGACACAAACCAUACAGCGGGACAAGUCAGGGCGGCUAGUGUAUAGUUUACCUAACUAUAUAACAGAGAACAACAAUGGGGAUGUCGUGGUGUCUGACUCUAUCUAUUGGCACGGUGCUGUAGUGGUGACAGAGCGUGGGGGAAGACAUCGUUUCUCUUACACAGGACAUUCGCCAGGAUCAGAACUGAUGCCAUGUGGAAUUUGUACUGACUCGCUGUCACACAUCCUGGUGUGUGAUUAUAAAACCAAAACCGUACAUAUGUUACAUAUGGACGGCCAGUUCCUGUCACAUUUACUGACAGGAUCACAAGAGAUGGGUGAACCACGGAGCCUGAGUUAUGAUGUCAAAAGUCACCGUCUUUGGGUCGGAUCAUGGGACAACAACAAGGUGUGUGUCUACAGGUAUAUCACCAGACAGGACGCUCUGACAGAUCAAAGUCGUGUGAUGGAGUCACUGAGUGGAAUCCCAAUUCCAGGGACAGAAAAAGCACAGUAUGGAAACCAGUGUCUACCGAAACUGACGUCUCCUCUCGAUUUACUUCAUUUUCUCAUCGUGAAAGGUGUUAGGUGUUGUUAUCACAUUUCCUGUGUGACAUCAGACCGGGUCUGGGUCAGUGAUAGAUACACUCUCACCUUGACAGACACAACAGGUGCCACUCUACAUAAUGUGGAGGAUUCAUACAGUGGUUUAUAUAGAGGAUUACACACAGUGAACAAAAACAACAAUGGGGAUGUCGUGGUGUCUGACUAUGACGAUGGGUCUGGUGCUGUAGUGGUCACGGAGCGUGGAGGAAGACAUCGUUUCUCCUAUACAGGACGCUCAUCAAGAUUACGACUAAAGCCAAGAGGCAUAUGUACUGACGAGUUGUCACACAUCCUGGACGGUCUGUUCCUGUCAUACCUACUGACAAGACCACAAGAGAUGGAUAGACCAUGGAGCCUGAAUUAUGAUUUCAACUCUCACCGUCUCUGGGUCGGAUCACUGAACAACAGCACUGUGUGUAUCUACAGCUAUAUCAUCAGACAGGCCGCUCCGACAGAAAAGACGCUCCAGCAGAAGAGGAGACAUUUCAAGGAAACGUUGAGUCCGUCUCUUUUGAAAGGUGAUGUCUUCCCACUGGUAACCUUGAAGGGCUGUGCAUUAAACUGGACAAAGGCUGUGUGGACUCGUGUACAGCAGCUUGGCCUGGUCACCACCUGUAGACAGAGAGAAGGUGUCCACAGCCUCAUCAGACAGCUAGACAGAGAGAAGGUGUCCACAGCCUCAUCAGACAGCUAG